CAAGGAGGGGCUCUGAAACUCCUCAUUUUCACACCCAAAUUCGAACUCAAGAUAGAGGAUCCAAAGAGGAGUGCUUGGAGAAGGAAAAAGGUGUAGGAAAGUGUGGAAAAUUGAGUAUUUUUGAGCUUCGCCGGAGUUUCGUCGGAGUUGGUCAAAGUUCGCCGGAGUUGGUCAAAGUUCGCCGGAGUUGGUCAAAGUUCAAUCGAGGAACGUAGAACGCGCUUAAGCUUAAUUAAGAUUCCGGCCAGUUCACACAUGCUCUAUUGAUUACAGACAAGGCAAACAUAGACAGGCAUCUGCUAGUGUGAUAGCAAAUAUUAUUGCACACAAAUACCUUGAUGCUUCCAAUAAACCAUACCCCCCAAAGCAAAUUCGUGAGGACAUGAGUAUGCAGUAUGGAAUUUCCAUGUCUUACAACAAAGCUUGGAAAGCACAGAAGAAAGCAAUGCAGCUGCAAUUUGGUUCUGAUCUUGAAUCUUAUCAGCUUUUGCCUUCAAUGGCUUAUGUGCUUGAGAAAACAAAUCCUGGCUCUAUGUUUAAUCUAGUCACAGGGAAGGAUGAUGCAUUUUCUACCUUUUUUAUGUCAUUCAAACCAUGGAUAGAAGCUUGGCCCUACUGCAGACCUGUUCUUAUAUUGGAUGGUUCUUUCAUGAAGGCUUACUAUAAAGGCACUCUCCUUACAGCUUGUUGCCAAGAUGCCAAUGAUCACAUAGUUCCUAUUGCAUUUGGUAUUUGUGGUUCUGAAACUAAAGCUUCUUGGAAAUGGUUCUUAUCCAAAGUUUGUCAAUCAAUAAAGUACAGACAUGACCUGUACGUAGUAUCUGAUAGGCAUAAAGGGCUUAUCAAGGCCGUUUCUGAACUCUUGCCACAUGCUAGCCACGGUUUUUGUGUUGCUCAUCUUGGUCGUAACAUAACAUCAAAAUUCAGAGGAUCUGCAGCUGGUUUGGGAUGGAAGUUCAAAGCUGCCUAUAUGGCAGCAACUAUGAAAGAAUAUGAUGACUACUUAUCCAUGUUGGAUUCUGAAGACCCCAGGAUAAGGACUUGGCUAGACAAAUUAGGUGCUAACACAUGGUCAAAAGUAAUGUCUGGCCUAAAGAGAUAUAAUAUUAUGACAUCAAAUUGUGCUGAGUCUAUGAACAAAGUCAAUGUCUGUGCUAGAGAGUAUUCUGUGUCUAAACUUGUUGAUUUCUUGCGUGAAAGGAGGCAGCAAUGGUUCACAGAGAGGAAAGAUAAAGCUGAGAAAACAAGUACUAUACUCACAAAGAAAUGUGAGAAACGCCUGGUAGCUUUGCAAGCUGAAUCCACACGUAUGAAGGUUAAACCAUCAUGUGCAUAUGAAUUUGAAGUUGUUGACAGUAGAUGCAAGUCCUUUGUGGUAAACCUCAACUCUAGAAGUUGUACAUGCGGCCACUUUCAAUUAGAUCAAUUUGUGUGUGUUCAUGCUGUGGCUGCAAUCGGUAUACGCCCACACCUUUCAUGUUAUACGUACAUAUCUCCAUAUUACACAACAGAUGCUUGGCUUGCUACAUGGUCUGGUAUCAUGCAUCCUAUUGCUGAUCCUGACAGUUGGUCAAUUCCUGCUACUAUUCAAAACCAGAGAUGCAAGCCACCAAGUUGUUUGAAGCGUCCUCCUGGUCGCCCUAAGAAAUGCAGGAUUCCAUCCAUUGGAGAAUAUAGAGGUUCAAAACGUCAAAAAUGUUCUAGAUGCCAUGUGCUUGGGCAUAAUAAGAAAACUUGUAGAAAUCCAAUUCCAAUUAAUACCCAGUGAUGUAGAUUUGUCCACUCAUUUUAUGUUGUCUUCUGUUUUUUUUUGUACUUUUAACAAUUCUACUAUGUGGUUUGGACUUGGUUAUCAUUUCGUUGAACGUUUAAGGUUUUGUGCUUUAGCCAUUCUUGGCA